AGGAUCUGCUUUAUUUUGGUCUCCCGAUGUUGGUUAAGCGAGUAGAGUUCCUCUCGAACCAUAUCAUGAGGAUCCGCGAAUGUUUUUCCCGUUCUAACAUUGUGUUUUGAGCUAGACCCACGAAGUUUAUGGUUUCGCUUUUGAAACAAAAUCUUUUCUUUCACGACAGGCCGAAUUGGUGUACUUGUAAUUAUACACGUGAUAUUAAAUCGUCCUUGUGGUUUUUUAGGUGCGCAAACUCUACGGGUUUAGUUGUUCUACAGUAGUUUUAUCAGAGCUGCGCUAGUGACACUUUUUAGUUUUACGACUUUGCUGUUUGACGACUUUAUUGUUUUCGCAACCUAACAAGUUCUUCUUCAUUCCCAACAACCCUCUUCCAAAAUGGCGGACCGAAAGACGAAGAUGCAAACCUGGAUCGACUACCGGGUAAGGGUGACGACAAACGAAAAAGACCGCAGGGUGCUGGUGGGAACAUUCCUGGCGUUUGACAAGUAUAAGAAAGUUUUUGCCCUCUCUGAUCUUGGUGCCGGUUAUGGACUAUCUGCAAUACAGAUCUUGUUUUGCUGCUCUUGUUGCAUGCGAAAUCAUACUUAUUUUGCCUCGUGCAAGGCAACUUCUUGUUCCCAUGACACAUAUAAACUCGCUGUACAUCAGGUACAUGAACAUGGUACUUGGCGAAACAGAAGAAUUCCGCAAAGUCAAACACAAGGCCUCCGGUGAGGAGAGAGAAGUAAAGCGAGUAAUCGGAUUGGUGGUGUUACGAGGAGAUACGGUAAGAAUCAUGUAUCGUUGAUGUUGCGUUUCUUGUAUGACAAAAUCAAAUUUUGCAUCAUGAUCAUGUAAAGCAGUCUGCUGACAAAUACACUUGUAUGUGUGUAUGAAAAAAAUCUCAUCUAUGUAUCAAUAUCAGGUCAUGUCGAUGACGGCGGAGGCACCUCCUGCGCACUUGGUAAAAUCGACACAACACACUGCCGGCCCCGGUCGAGCAGCGGUCGCGGGUCGCGGUGGCGGCAACGCGCUUGCCAUGAAUAAGAUGGGUAUGGGCCUGCAAGCACCCACUCGCGGGGUCGGAGGACCGAAUCAGUCCCAAAUGCAACCGCGGGGCUUGAGACCGCCGGGGAUGCCGCAGUGAGGAGGAGGAGAUAAGAGGAUUUGAAGUUGUGGAUCACCAACGACUGUAUCACCACAUCAACCGCAUUUACUUGAGUGCUUCUUCACAGAGGUGGAAGAAGAAUGUGGGCAAGAAUGCGAUGAGACAACAGGACCACACCUGGUGGUUGGUUUCUCGUCUCAAUCUAUCGCACAAAUGAAGCAAACGCUAAAAUGAAGGGGGCGGAAGAUCAAGUGAACGCUUGCUAUCAAACACAUUAGAUUUUACGCGCAAACAUCGCAUAGCCAUCUUCAUUUGAGAUACACAUCGACACUGCCGUGAUGAACCUUCUUCCUAGAAGUAAAACGAAAACCACCCCGCUUUUCCAAUAAUUUUUGACAAAAACAAUAAAGCCGGCUCGUUGAC